AGUCUGUGGUCAUGAUACCGGGAUUGACCGCGGCCUCUCCUCUUCUGGGAGCCUGGCCGCCCUGACCGGUGAAGGAAGGAGCUCCGCACGCUAGACGCAUCACGUGUGUUCGCGGAAAGGCAGUCGCGUCGCCGUCAUGUCCACGACGCCUCCACCACCCCAUCCAACACUCUCGACGCCAGUCUCGCCCUUGAUGUCUGCCGACAUCGGCGCGACGCGCAGAAUUCGAAUAUUCACGCGAUGACUGCUCCUUUGCGAAGCACGCCCCACUCGUCCGCCGUCCCCGCCUCUCAGAAUACAGCACCCGUCGCAGAGUUCCGAUGUCUUUUUACGCACGACCUCAGACGAAAGCAAAAGAGGUGGCAGGAUGGCUACCUCAAGUUCCACACUUUCAACAAUCGCGUCAUGGUGUACGAUCAGACGCGCUACUUUCUGGGAGACACCUACUACAAAGAGAGCAAUGAGCUGCACGAAGGCGAUGAGCUCACGCUUGACAAGGGCAUCAUGGUGGAGGUCUCGGAGGCAAUGGGAGUUACACAGACGGACCUGACACCUCUUUUUGAGAACAAGACCAAAGACUCGCCCGCGCGCCCGAAUGCGACUGCCCCACCACGUCCAUUCCAGCCCCCAUCCAGCGUGGCGCCUAGCAAAACCGUACGAUCAGGGUCCCAAUUGAAACACAAGUCUUUAAACACAUUGCUCGGCGCUUCAAAAGGUCCCAUCGGCAAAUCCGUGCCAAUGGAGUCGCCAUAUGAAGCUCGCAAGGAGAAGGAGAAGGCGAACGAGUGGGAGACAGAGAGAGCAACAAAGAGGCAGAAGACGGCGCAGGAUUCAGCAACCUCCAGAGUCUCUAGCCCUCCACUAGAUGACAGUCCUGUACCAAGGAAGAAUCUGCCUCUAUGGGCGAGGACGUCAGACGCGAAGACUGCUCGAGUGUCUGACAAGUCAAUACCACAUGGGGCCACCGUCAUUACUCUCGACUCCUCGUCGGAUAAGUUUUCUGCCAUCUUAUCAGAUGUAACACUUCCAUGCACGUCUCCUGGACUAGUAAGAACAAGGCCCAGGUCUCCAGUCAUGCCAGCGCUACCAUCGGUCACCCAAAUCGUGUCUGAGAAGCCACCUGUGCAAACACCAAGGAUACCUCGAGGAAAAGUGCCGGUGCCCCAUGUCAAAGCUAUGAAGACGCCCCAACGACCUGCACCUGCUUCCUCGCCUCCAGUCAGUGCAUCGAAUCGCUUGACCAAUGUCGACUUCGCAGUACAGUCUGCACAGAAGUCACCGGUACAGAUGCCACACGCACAGCAAGUGCCUACAGACAAACCGCAAACAGCACAUUCACUCCCAUCUGCUCCGCCUCGAAACCCCAAAGCCAAGUCCCUACGCCUAUCUGCUGGAGUGAAGCGUGGGAUGUUACUCUGUCAAUCGUUGCCACAGCAGGUACAAAGUGCUGGAAGCCAAUCUCGGGUAUCAGUUGGAAAGCAAAAGGCCGAGAGCGUGCUGAGAAUUCCAAAUAAAGAUUCGUCAGCUAGUGCCAGUUCACGAAGCUCACGAAGCACAGCUGCAGGCGACGCACUGCCUCGAACCAAACGAAAGGCCCUCACCUCAUCUACAGGUGAGGUCUCAAAGAGGGCAAGGAUCUCAGAGUCGCCAGCAGAUGGAUCCCUGGAUAUUUUCGAUGAUCCAGAAGUCGUCCAUGGUCUUCUGGAUCAGCAGUUGAUGGUCCCUUCGCCACCAUCAGAGCCUUGGCGAUCUCCUUCUCCACCUGUUUCAAAAACACCAAAGCCAAAGCAGACUACGACGAAGAAACUUGCAAAGAAAGAUACGGUUGUCCGUAAGCCUCCUCUAAUGCUUGCCGACCCUGAGGUUGCUCAAGCAAGGUCACUUUCGCCAAAAGGCGCAACACGAAAAACUCAACCAAAAAAAGCGACCGUCUUGAAACCUCAACCAGCUCGCAAAGUCUCGCCGCUUGCAGCUCCCGUACUGGAAGCUCCUCAACAACCUUCCAGGGAGGUAUCUCUCGCACGAACCGACGUCUCUGAAAGUACUUCAAGGGCCUCCUCCACAUCACCUCGGAAACUCGCUCUCUCCACAGGUGGCUUCCGCAAGAAACCCAAACGCAACGAGCCCCACCCCACAAUAGUAAAUCCGGAUCUAGAGGUCAUCUCAGCUCCCCGCAAUGAGAGCGUAGCCCUCCCUCCACAUCCCCUUCGAGCUGGCAAAAAGGGCCCGCUUAUGAGCACAACUGAGCUCGCCGCACUAUUGCAGAAAUCGAAGAAGACUUCGAAGGGCCUUACUGUAGGCAAAGAACACAGCGUCGUUGCUGGUAAAUCUCCCAAUCGCACCUUCAGACGCGUAAGGAGCGAGAACGAUGCGCCGAUCCCGAGUACAAGCGAGGAGUGGGAGAAGCGUAAUCUGCCAAAACCUCCUGCUGAUGACGCCGAAGGUGAAGGGGUACAAGUAGAACCGAAGACCAAAGUUGGUGGUCUGGCGGCAUUGAUCAAGAAGACGGAUCCGAGGAAGAAGCUGCAGCGCGCGAGGAGUCUCACUGUUGAUACGAAUGCAUCGGUAUCAGAGGCGGAGAGCAAUUUGCCGAGUCCGGUCGUGGAUAAGGAUGUUGGGCCGUGGAGCACCGAGGCUUUUGACUUGUUUGAUUGGAGGCCGCCGAAGAUUGGAGAGGGAAAAACUUGAUUGAGAUGAGAUUGGUGUUGGCAUGAGGUUAUGAGUGCAUGAUGUAUUUCUAUAAUGUCGAUUAUGUGACGAGUCUGACGGAUGAUGGCCUUGAAAUGAAAAUCGCAUUUAAAAUUGAUAUAUCAUCGCGGAAUAUUCGCACGAUAAUCUCUAAUCCCUAC